CUUUCGGACCUCCUCCGUCCUCCUCCUCCUCCUCCUCUUCCCACCUCCCCCUCCCCUCUCCUGCUGCCGCUGCUGUGCUCCUGCUGCCGCUGCGCGCUCUCGCUCUCGCUUGCUCUCUCUGUCUCCGCCCUCCCUCUCUCGCCCCACUCUCUCUCUCUCUGGCCCUGCUGCUGCUGCUGCUCGCCUCCCCCCUCCUCUCCUCUCCUCUCCUCUCGUCUCGUGCCUGCCUUUCCCUCCCUUGUUGUUGCUCAUUGUCUCGGAAGCGACCAGUCCCGUGGCGUCUUUAGACGAGCUCGUUGCAGCGUCGUUCUUUUGCUCGUCGACCGACCACAAGCGCAACAGCAUAGCGCUUUAUCUUGGCACGGCGGGCGGGCGGGCAUGCACCCAUCUAAGGUGGACGGAUAGACGGAUAGGCGUAUUGUGUUAGAGGCUGGCGGGUGAAGGAGAUUGACAUCCGGACGGUGGAGGCCGGGAGGGAAGGGAAGGACGCUCGGAAGGUGGGUGGGUGGAGGAGGAGGAGGAGGACGUGGGAAGGCAUCGAGAGGAGAAGCGAGUUGUAGAAGGUAGGGAGAGAGGGAAGAGUUCACGCCUUGGUUGCGCCUGCGGGCGUUUAAUGUCUGUGAGCAACAUAGAGAGUGGAGAUGAGAUCUUGCAGUAGUUGGGGCCUUGAGAGUGAUGCUCACAAGCUGCCUGGACAGAUCGGGGGCUCUAGACGUCUUCUGUUGGGGUUUCGGCCUUCGGCGCCGCGAGCGAGCCACGCAGCGUUGUGAACACGACCAUUGACGAUUUCUCCCUUCUGUACAGCCACUUUCUGAUAACCUCAUCUUUCGUUUGUCGUUCUCCCGUUCGUUAACCUACAGGGCCCAAGGACGCAGGCAGGAAGUAGGAAACCAACUUCAGACUUUUAUCAACAUUGGAUGGUGCCGCAAAUCUCGUGUGAGCGACGCGCCUGGGUUUCGUGAUUCAAAGCCUUUUUCGGGAGCCUAUCCUGGCGUUACCAGGAACACAUAGACGCACAGUGAUGUGAUUUGCCAGCCGCUGAUUGGUCUCUUACGGGAGUGUCGGUGUUCUAGGGCUAGCACAGGGAGAACGAAGAGCGAUUUAGAUCUUGGCCUACUAGCUGGUUCGAGCUCUUAGGAACAGGGUGUGGACUACCAAUCCGUAUCACAUGGUAGCCGGCUGACUUUUGCAACACUCGCUUUAGGAGCCAUCGAAGUUAACAUCAUACCAAACUGCAGUGUCGAAAUAAAAACUGGUGCCGGCACCAAGUCGUCGACCCCCUUGCAAUGGAGCCUCGUGUUGGAAACAAGUACCGGUUGGGGCGGAAAAUUGGAAGCGGUUCUUUUGGCGAGAUCUACUUAGGAACCAAUAUCCAGACGAACGAGGAGGUUGGCAUCAAGCUGGAGAGUAUCAAGACGAAGCACCCCCAGCUGCUGUAUGAGUCAAAGCUAUACAGGAUACUUCAAGGAGGAACCGGAAUUCCAAACAUCAGAUGGUUUGGUGUAGAGGGAGAUUACAAUGUCUUGGUACUUGAUUUGUUGGGGCCUAGUCUUGAAGACCUUUUCAACUUCUGCAGCCGGAAAUUCUCAUUGAAGACUGUUCUGAUGCUUGCCGACCAGUUGAUCAACAGAGUUGAAUAUGUCCAUUCAAAGAGCUUUCUGCACAGAGACAUAAAGCCUGAUAACUUUCUGAUGGGUCUCGGCAGGCGAGCAAAUCAGGUAUACAUAAUUGACUUCGGUCUUGCGAAGAAGUAUCGUGAUCCUUCUACGCACCAACACAUCCCUUACAGGGAAAAUAAGAACUUGACUGGUACUGCACGAUAUGCCAGCAUCAACACACAUCUUGGAAUUGAGCAGAGCCGAAGAGAUGACUUGGAGUCGCUGGGCUAUGUACUGCUCUAUUUCCUAAGGGGGAGUCUUCCGUGGCAAGGAUUGAAGGCUGGAACUAAGAAGCAAAAGUACGAGAAGAUCAGUGAGAAGAAGAUGUCAACUGCUAUUGAGGCUCUUUGCAAGUCACAUCCGUCAGAAUUUGCAUCCUACUUCCACUACUGUCGCUCCUUACGCUUCGAUGAUAAGCCAGACUAUGCAUACUUGAAGAGGAUUUUUCGAGAUCUCUUCAUCCGUGAAGGUUUUCAGUUUGAUUAUGUGUUCGACUGGACGAUUUUGAAAUAUCAGCAAUCUCAAAUUGCUGGAGCAGCACCCCGAUCAGUCCCUGGACCUGGUGGUACUAGCAGCGGUGCAACAGCAGCCGUAGCCGCUGCAGACAGGGCAGCAGGAGGGCAAGAAGGUCGUGACGCCCAAAGUCGAAAUGUCGAUGCAGUUGAAGGUGCCCGACGGAGGCUUACAACCACCGCGAUUGGAACAGGUGGUAUGACUUCAUUUGGAGAGCCACCUAAGCAUAAAAGCCCUGGCCCUGAUGAGACUACCACGAAGGAUACAGGAAAUAUGGGUUUAGCAGAACCUGAGCGUAUGCACUCUUCUUCAUUCUUACGUGGUGGGAGUUCAUCAAGAAGAGCUGUUAUAUCCACAAUCAUAAGGCCCGCAGUGGUGACCGAAGUGGACUCCUCACGAACACCUGCCAAGAUGGGACCGAUAAGCCUUCGUACCUCAGCAAUGCCGCGGAGUUCCCCUGUUACCUCAUCAGAGCCUAAGCGAACGGGUCGUGAUAUGUAUCCUGCGAUAUCUGGCAGGAAUCCUAGUUCCUCCCGGACAUCAAAAGAGUGAGCUCAGCAUGGUCAAGGGAGCUGACCACUGUUUCUGGUUUGGUCAAUUAGCCCGCCAACCCCAUCUCUGGAUAUAUAUCUGAAUUUUGAGUUGUAUUGGUGAUAUGAUCACAGAAGAGGGAGUUAAAAGAGGAGGGUAGAUUAUAUGCAUCCUCAAGCCCCAAGUAAGCAAGACAGUACAGUGUAGCAGGCCGGUGGCUUCUUUCUACCUCAAUCCCAUGCCUGGCGAGGUCAACCUAAAAGUCUUUACUGUCUGGCCAAGCUUCUUCUUGAUCAUCAAACUAUUCAGUGACCAAUGCAAGCUCUCUGCCUGCGCACCAUCCCACCUUGUCAGUCUCCAUUAUGUGUCUGAUAGCUUGUUGCAGAAAGGCUCCUUCAUCUCGUCCCCUCAAAACCUUACAGAGAAUUAGUUUUGUGUUGGCUGGUUUCUACAUUGCACUACUUUGCAGUGCUAGGAAGGUGGUGAUAUUCCAUGUACAUUUCAGAUCUGUCAGUGAAGUCAAAUGGCUGUUAUUGACGGAUUAUGUUAAAGAUUUUAAAUUUUUUUAUGGUUAUAGAUGUCAUGCCGAGUUUAACUGUCGAUAAGAAGUGAUCUCUGCAUUCAAUGUUUUUGAUUAGUUUUAAGUAAGCCCGAAGACUGGAAAUCACUUUC